AUGGAAACGGUAAAUACAAAUAAAGAGAUUGCUAGUUGUGUUAAAGCAGCAGUUCGUAUUCGUCCAUUAUCAAAGAAUGAAGAAUGUGAUUUAUGUCAAACGUGUGUUGACGCUCAAUGUUCGACAAAUGAAAUUAUCCUAGCGAAUAGUACGGCAUUUACGUUUGAUCAUGUCUUUUUACCUGAGACAACACAAGAUGAUGUUUACCGUGAAUGCGUUUACGACAUGAUUGAAGGAUGCUUUCAAGGCUAUAGUGCAUCCAUAUUAGCUUACGGGCAAACAGGUUCAGGAAAAACAUUUACAAUGGGCAGUGGCGUUGAGUAUAACGAUCCAGCGAAGGAAGGUAUUUUACCUCGUGCUAUUAUGCAUAUAUUUCAACGAUGUGCAAACUACGAACGUGAAGCUGAAUCGAAAGGUAUUGCAAUGCCAAAAUGUGUUGUCUCAUGUCAAUUUAUCGAAAUUUACAAUGAAAAUAUUUAUGAUCUGUUCAAUAAAGAAAACAUCGAUUUUCGUUCCCAGAAGAAUUCAGACAAACAUGUUGUAUUUGAAAAUAGCAACGGCGAAAUCGCAGUUACUAACAUUACAACACGAUUUGUAACAACUGCCCAAGAGACACUUGAGUGUCUGAGAGAAGGUGCACUAAGUCGAACGACUGCAUCAACACGGAUGAACAGUGUGUCUAGUCGAUCACACGCCAUAUUUACGGUUAAUUUGCAAUUUGAACGUGUUGUUCCAUCAGUAUCGACAACGAAUCCAGGCUUACGUGAGCAAAUCCGAGCGAAAAUUCAUUUCGUGGACUUAGCCGGCUCAGAAAGUUUAAAACGAACAGGUGCAACAGGUCAACGUGCUAAAGAAGGCAUCAGUAUCAAUAGUGGUUUGCUUGUGCUUGGUAACGUCAUCUCGAUCCUAGGCGAUCCUUUGAAAAAAGCCGCACAUGUACCAUACCGUGAUUCGAAGCUAACGCGUUUAUUACAAGAUUCUUUGGGUGGUAAUAGCCGUACACUGAUGAUUGCUUGUAUUUCUCCAGUGGAUCGUGAUUUUUCUGAAACGAAAAGUACACUGAACUAUGCUCAACGUGCGCGAAAUAUUCGUAAUCGUGUGAAAGUCAAUCAAGACAAGCACAGUCGACAGAUAGUUCAAUUACAAAUGGAAAUCGAACGAUUACGUGCACUAGUGGACAAAAAUGAACAUAUGUCACCAAUUGAUUUUGAUCAAACCAGUAAUAGUGCGUUGAAUCAAGAACUCGAACGUAUACGUUCAUACAUUUAUACAAUUCAACGCUCGAUUAAUGAAACGACAACAGUUUCUCAAACAUUGAAACAAGAUCUGGAAACAGUUCGUGAUCAUCAACAAAUAAAUGAUACUGAAUUUGAUUACGAUCAAGCAUUGAACCAAUGUUUAGCUAAAAGUGAUGAGAUUCAAUCUCGACUAUCACGUAUGACUGAUGUUAGCAAUGUUCUUCGAAAACGUAGUCCAUUAUCAUGUCGCCGUAAAAGUCGUCUAACACGUCAGUUGAACAAGAGAUCGUUUUCAGCUGAUCAACCGCUCACUCUUGAUUUUAAUCAAAAUACAACUGUUGACGAUUUACAGCCGUGUAUCGAAGACAUUCGUCAUGAAAUAGAUCGUCUGCGACGCGAAGAGCAAAUGUUACGCGACAGUGGCUCAGCAAAAUCCAAUCGUAUCGGCGUUUCGACCAUACCCGGUUCGCCACAAGGACCAUCCGAUAUUUCCGAUCAACCAAAAUCUGCAGCAAUAUAUCCACUUCCAACAAAUCCAUCACCGGAUAUGAACGAGAAUGAUGUGAAUACGCCCAUUCUUGAUGAUCAAGAAAAUCUCGGCAAUAGCGAUGACGAAGACGAACAAGGACAACUCCCGACGGAUGAAGCACAAACUGUGUCUGAUGUGCAAGAAGAAAAACUUGUUAUUAUCACUACAGAAAUCAAUGCCAAGCAGAAGUGUCUCGAAAUGCUUGAAAAUGCCCGUAAACGAAGUGAUACAAUACGUCAACGUUAUGAAGAACGUAUCAAAAUGCUUUCCGAUCGUAUUCAAAAUGCUGAAGAUGAAAAGCAAGCUGCUGUGACAAAACUAAAUUGUGCUACACGUGAUCAACACAAUGUUGAAGAAUUGAAAUCAGCACGACGUGAUUACGAAGAGAAGAUUCGUCGAUUGGAAAUUGAAAAUAAUGAAUUGAAUACGUUACGUGCGCAAUACGCUGUUUGUUUGAAAGAUGGAGAAUACUACAAGAAAGAAUUAGCGAAACAUACGAAUGAGCUGAAAGAUUUACGAAAAAUGAAGGUCCAAUUGACACGAGAAUUGCGACAAGAGUUCAUUCGACAUCGACAAGCAGAACAGGCGAAAGCACGUGAAAUCGCAACGCUCAAACGAACACAAAUGCAAAAAGAUAAUGAAAUUCGUACAUUACGUGCUCAACACAAACAAAAAGAAAUGAUUCUCAAACGCAAACAGGAAGAGGUACAUUUAUUAAGACGACAAAUGCGUUCAGCAAGAAUGCGCAAGACGACCAAAGAAAUGACUGCGCAUUUUGCAGCUAUUCAACAGGGCAUCACCAACGCUAUACGUCGUCGAAAACUCAUUGCUGGUAUCAAUCGAGAUAUGAACACAUUGAUCGAAAAUCGUGAACGUGCUAGUCGAAAGCGCGAACGAUUCUGUAAACGAUUAAAUAAGACCAUUGUUUUGAAUAAAACGGAAGAACAACAACAACAACCAACAGAUGUGACAAUAACUCCAGAUCGCGAAUCAAUCACUAAGCUGGAUAGUACAAUUGCAUAUCUCAACUCGGAAAUCGCAUCAUGUCAACAAGUCCUCAUGGCAUAUGAUGACGAAGAACAACAAUCGAGCGAUCUUAUUCAAGGCCCAGAUCCGCAAUUUAUUGUUGAUUGUGUUACUGAUAUAGAUGAACUUCGCUAUUUGCUAACGAAACUUAUUGAGCAAACCAUUGAAAAAGGAUUCGAAGCUGACGAAGCAAAUGAAUUAAUGUCCUAUGUUGAUCUAGUGGAAACAAUCCUUGUCAAGAAAGAUGAUACAAAACAAGCACCAACUGGUGGUCCACGUGCGAAAAAGGCCAAAAUGGAGCCAUCUCAAGACGAUUCAAUGGAUACUACACCAAUUCCUGAAGAUUCACCUUCAUCGAAAACGAUGAUACUUCGACCACUCUGCAAUUCUCCAACUCCAUCUAAUUAUCAAAGUGAACCAAUGAGUUGA